UCAAUAAACGUUUCAUUUUCCUUUUUUGACAUUUCUGCCAGCUCGAUGUCCCGAUCUUGGUCCAUACGAUCAAAAAAUGCAGACGAAAACGUGGUAUUAGAAGUAGCAUUUUCAGAUAUUUACUUGUCUUCUGGUUGUGAAACGGAUUCUGUGUCCGUCUACGACGGGCCUACAGAAUACGACGUUCUACUAGGAAAAUGGUGCGGAGAUGAUCAACCAAAAUUUGUAACGUCUAGCCGAGAUAUGUUAGUCGUUUUCCAUACUAAUUCUACUGCAGAACAUACGGGCUUUUUAGCAUCUUACCAUACACAAUUGCAGUCCUCCAGAUUUAAACAUCCAAACCACAUUUGGUUGUGCAUCGCCCUGCUUAUUCUCAUUAUUCUUGUGGGCUGCUUCCUCCUGGGCCGUUAUUUAUUUAGGAAAUAUGGUCAUCACCAGUGGUCAGGCAAAGGAAACAAGGGCACAGAGUCCAUGGGCAGCAGAAUGGAUAUCUAUGACCAUGCCUCCACUAGCGUGUCCAUGAAGUCUCUUUUAGAAACUUUCUGAAAUAACCAACAAGCCAGGCAUUCAAGUUGCCCUCAACAACUUUAUCAAACUACGAGGAUUUGAUUCUUAUAUAUAUAUAUAUAUAUAUAUGUAUAUAAUUAUUAUAAUAAUAAUGAUGAUAAGGAUGAUUAUAAUAAUAAUAAUGAUAAUUAUAAGGAUGAGGACACAAAAACAUAUUUACAUCUUUUUCAUUUUUUAUUUUUUAUAUAUAUUUCUGAAAAAUAUAUGGUCCAUAUUCAAUAAGAGGAGGAGGGAAAAAUUUUACUAACAUUAUUAUGAUCAUUAUUAUUAUUAUUGUUGUUGUUGUUGUCAUUAUCUAUAUUUUUAUCAUAAUAAUAAUAUUAGUAUUUUAUUAUUACUAAAAUCAAUAUUUUAUAAUAAUAAUUAUAAUAAUGAUAAUUAUCAUCAUUAUUAAUAUUAUCAUUAUUAUUACUAUCAUCAAUAUUUCAUUUUCCUUUUCAUUUUAUCAUGCAAUGAGAACAAAUCAAUAUAUUCCUAUAUUGUUGCUCUUUUUUCUUUCUCCUUUUAUGUUACUUUUAUUUUUGAUUUUUUGAUUCAUUAAUCUGUUCAGCCAUGUUUAAAGAGUCCAGGUCUCUCCUUUUUAAAAUAGAUCAAUGUAAUUUUAUGUCUGACAGUAACAAGAACAACAAACAGAAUUGCUUUAUCUUCUUGAUGAUAAACCAGCUCUACAAAGUUAAUGAUGAUAAAGUUCUUGUUAUGAUGGUGAUGAUGAUGAUGAUACAACGAUGAUGACAUCGAUGGUGACAACAACAGUGGUGAUGAUGAUGCCAGUGAUGUCAACAGCAGUGAUGACAACGAUGAUGGUUAAAAUAAGGAUAAUACUACAUCAAAGCCUAACCUGUUGUAGUUAUAAACUCAAAAUAUAUAAUAUUAUUUUACAGAAUAGAAAUAUUAUAGACAGAUAGCAUAAAAGUGAAGCAUUUCAUCCUUAAUAUCUGUCAGCUUUACACUAACUAGCAUUUAUAUUGAUAUGUAUAUGUUUGUAUAAUCAUAAAUAACUUUACACGCAUUUAUCUACAUUGUACUUACAUACACAUAUAAACAGAUGUACAUGUCUAAUCCCACACAUACAUGCAAGACUAACCAGUGUUUCUCUGUUAGAAGCCAGCCUAGGAAGAGUCUAAGUAUUUCAAAAAUGAGGUAUACAUAUGUAUAAUGUAUCAUAGUAGUAGUAGAAGACAACGCGUGUUUAACAUCCUAAUUUAUGUAAACAAGGUAUUUUCCUAUGAAAGUACUCAAAUAUAUUGUAUUAAGUUACAAAGCUUAAGAAGUUAGAUGAAGUAUCAUUAGUCAAGAAACUGACUUUAUAUUUGGAAUCAGUCUAACGUCAGAAAGCAACAUAAAACUAAAGAAUGAAAGAGAGAAAUGGAAAGAGAGAGAGAGUGUGUGUGUGUGUGAUGGUGAGAGAAUACAUGCAUGUAUGUAUUCUUGCAGAAACUAUAACUGUAUGAACAACAGUUGGCUCACGAAAGAGCCCUAAUGUCAUUGGGAACGAUUUUAAUAUUGUUAGAAAACAGUGCAACCCAAAGAAAUGAAUAGAAGUCUAUUUAUUAUUUGCCAGAUAAAAAGAAAGAAAAUUUCUCUGAGAAAGCAAAGAAGAAUUCUUACAUUUCUCACUGAGCUAUUCCAAAUAUUACUGCUGUUAUUGUUAUUAUUAUCAUUAUAGAUGUCAUACAGUAAACAAUAUCAUGAAGUUGUUGAUUGAAGAUAUUGUGUUUACCGGAGGUUUGUACUGUCUGUCAAGUCACAACAAGGACCUCAGACAGACAGUACUUUACACAAUAUGUGUGCAGUUCCAAGUAAUGCCAACUUUAGCAAUACAUCUAGAUUGUAGGGUGUUUCUAAAGUUACAGAUGUUUCUUUUUUUCUAUUAUUAUUAUUGUGGUAGGUGAGCUGGCACAAUUAUUAUUAUUAUUAUUAUUAUUAUUAAAGUGGGUGAGCAGGCAGAAGCAUAAUAAGCAUGGCAGGCGAAAUGCUUUGUGGCAUAAAUCAUCUGUUUUUACAGUCUGAGCUCAAACUCUGCCAGGAUUGCCUUUCAUCCUUUCAGAGUUGAUAAAAUAAGUACAAGAGGGGUCAAUGUAAUCAACUAAUCCCCUUCCCCCAAAUUUCUGGUCUUGUGCCUUUAGUAGAAAGGAUUAUUAUUAUUAUUAUUAAGGUGGCACGCUACCAGAACGAUAAACAUGUUGGACACAUUGUUUAAUGUCGUUUCAUCCGUUUUCACAUUCUGAGUUUAAAUUUGACCAAAGUUGACUUUGCAUUUCAUCCGUCAAAGUCAAAAAUAUAACUACCAUUCAAGUACAGGUAUUGAUGUAGUCAGCUUCCUCUCCACUCUCAAAAACUGCUGACCCUGUGCCAAAAUUUGAAGCCACGAUUAUGAUUAUUAUUAGUAGUAGUAGCAGUACAAGUAGUAGUAUUAUUACUAUUACUACUAUUAUGGUUGAAAUGGUGAGCUGGCAGAAUUGUUAGUGUGCUUAGACAAAGUGUUCACCAGUUUUUCUUCUUGAUUUUUAUGUUCUUAGUUCAAAUCUCACCAAGGUCAACUUUGGCUUUUAUCCUUUUAGGGUAUAUAAACAAAAGCCCAAGUCAAGUACUGAGGCCAAAGUAAUUGAUUAAUCCUGUCCCCUGCUAAAAUUGCUGGCCUUGAGCAAACAUUAAGAAGAGUUAUUAUUAUUAUUUUUUUUUUUUUUUUAACUCAGGUGUUGUUGGAAUCCUAGAACCUUGCAUGAGUAGUAGACUUGCUACCAGCUGCCUUCAGUGCCAUGCUAUUUGUUCUCUUCAACUAAUACUUUCCUGAUGAUUCUAGUCAUGCCAAUGGGGAAAACAUUUUGUAACAGCUCAACCAGACACUCUGUUCCCCUUUUAUGUUCCUUAUUGUUGCUGCUGCUGCUGUUGUUGUUAACUCAGUGAAUUAACAGAAUCAGUAGAGUGCUGGAUUAAAUACCUAAUUCUGGCUCUUUGCAUUCUGAGUUCAAAUCCAACUCAGGUAAACUUUGCCUUUCAUCAUGCUAGAGUCAAUAAAAUAAUGAAGUAGAGGUCAGUGAAAUUAAUUAAUGCCUCUCCUUGCUGGUUUUGCACCUGAAUAAGAAACAAUUUAUGCAAUUCCUGGAGAAAACUGUUAGAAAGCUGGAUGAAAUCCCUUGCAGUAUUAUUUCAAGCUCUUUGCAUUCUAGAUUCAAAUCCUGACAAAGGUCAACUUUGCUUUCUAUCUUCCAACAAUCAACAAAAUAAAGUACCAGUCAAGUAUUACAAUCAAUGGAAUUGUCUAGACCCUCCCUUCAAAAGUGCUGGCUUUGUGUCAAGGUUAUAAAUAAUUAUUAUUGAUUUUAAGAAGAUGGUAAUUCAGCAAAGCUUGUGCUGAAUCAGGGAACAUGUCUUGCAAUGUUUGUCCCAGUUUUUGAUAUUCUUCUGGUAAAGAAAUAAGAAAUAUUCAAAAGAUUGUAACAGAAAUGCCAUCUUUGUAUAGUUCCAUGAGAAUUUCAUGGUAAACAUCUAGCACAAGUCAAGGAAGUCAUUAGGACUCAAUCAUCAUCUCAUGGUGUAAGGAUAGAAGGAAGGAAUCAACUUCUUUUGUAAAUUUGUUAUCAGAAACAAAAUUUCAAAAUCAUUAAUUAGUUUUCAUCAUCAUCACAAUCAUCAUCGUCAUCAAACAGACUUAUCGUCAUAAUUAUCGCUUUCUAAUAAAGUGCUAGUAUUUGGUUAAAUUAUUCCAAGAACUCUGAUGACAUGAUGGGGAAUUGGGAUUUUAAUCUUUUUCCUUUUGAUAUAUGGGAAAAUCAUCCUAAAUAAUCCUAAAAUAUAAUGUCUAGACAAAUUAAAUCAGCCAUAAAAGUGGUUUGUGGUGAUUUGAGAAAUGUAAGUUGACAGAUUCCAACUGUCGUUUGCCAUUGCAUAAAAUCUUUCUCUUAUUAUUCUUGAAGAAACAAAGGAAAAGAGAGAGGGGGAGACAAAGAGAGACGGACAUCAAGAAAUGAAUACACAGAUAGAUGGAGACAAAAAAUGAAUAUACGUAAGAUGUAUAAAAUCAAAAACAAUUGUGCUUAGUUGUAUAUAAAUAUUCAUUGUGUACAUUUAUUAUGUAUGAACAUCGAAUUACAUGCAUUUCAUACAUAAUACAUGUAUCAUAAUUAAUAAGUAUAUAUGUUGCAUAAUAUUUAAAAUACACACAUGUAUAAAUGCAAAAAUCUAUAUGAAAAUGAUGCAUAAACAUCUGUGUGUGAAUGUCUGUCUGUGUAUGUUUCUACACACACACACACACAUAUAUGUAUAUAUAUAUAUAUUACACAUAUAUCACAAUCAUUACAAUUAUUGUUUUAACCUCCAAUUUCCCGUGGUUGCAUGGGUCAGACGAAAUUUGUUGAGGCAGAUUUUUCUAUGGUUAGAUACUGUUUCUCUUGCCAACCUUCACCUAUUUCUAAGCAAGUUAAUAUUUCCCCAUGGCUAGACUUGCCUAUCAAAGAAGACUGGAAAUGAAUAAUUUGCUUGUAUGAUGGUCAUGCUCAUAUACAACCAUCCAGGAUGUCAAGAUAAGGUACAGACACACACAAACAUAUAACUGGGCUUCUUUCAGCUUCUGUCUACCAAAUUAAGUGACAUAGAUACCGAAACUAUAAAAAUGAUGCAAGGCAAAGAGAUUGAACCCAGAACCUUAUGGUUCCAAGACUAAUUUCUUAAACAAUCACACCCAAACUACACUUAUACAAGCAAACUUACAUACACACACACGUGUGUGAGUGUAUACAUUCAUACAAAUAUAUAUGCAUAUAUGUACACAUACAUAUAUAUAUAUACACACUUAUCCAUAUGUUCCUAUGUAUAUAUAUACACACACACAUGCAUAUAUAUGGUGUUACUAUGGUUGUGUGUACUUGUACAUAAAAAUAUAGAUAACAAAUAUGUCAGUAAAAAAAAUAUAUACUCAUAUUUAGAUAUUAUUCGUAAUACAUAUGUAUCAAUAUCUAUAAAUACAUAUUUAUGCAUAC